AUAAAAAGUGUUCAAAUAAGCCGUACACCGACACGUAUGACUAUCAAUCCAUCAUGCACUAUGGUGAUAUGUAUUUCGCCAGUGGAUCGGCAGAAACCAUGACCAUCAUUGAAUCUAACAAAGAAAGAUACCAGAAGCUCAUGGGAACGCAAACGCAGUUGUCCCCCAACGAUGUCGUAACUCUUAACACUAUGUACAAAUGUUACUCCGACGGUAUGGAUGUCAAAUGUGCACAUGGUGGAGUUAAGAAGGCAAAUGGUGAUUGCUUCUGCGUGGAACCAUUCACAGGGAGUAAUUGUGAAGACGUCGACCCAGCAUUAGGAGUUAUUGUAGAGGUUGAGGGUGAAUCGUUUGUCGAAUCGCCCAACUUUCCCUCGAACUACCCCGUCAACCAGAAAACGUUCAUUGUCUUGCAGUGCCCAGCAGGAAAACGUGUGAGCAUCAAAUUCCUCACAUUCGAAGUCGAACAGUACGGCACCGGAUGUGGCUACGAUUGGCUUGAUAUUCGCGUCGGACCAGGAGAUAUCUACGGCAACAAAUUUUGCGGAAAAGAUUUGCAAGAUGCCACUCUUGAGUCAGAAGACAACUACAUUGUGUUCAAAUUUGUCACGAACGGGGCGUGGGAGUAUGAAGGUUUUGAGGACGAAGUCACAUGUAUCUAAGUACAGUACACCACGAGCCUGUGUAACCACGAUUUGGAACAACAACAACAACAACAACGGCAGCAACAACAACAACAGCAACAAAAACAACAACAACAACAACAACAACAACAUUAAAAACAACGCAUAUUUACGCUAUGACAGAGAGUGUAACCGUGACACUUUCAUCAGCACAGAUCGGUUAUUAAAAAACGUAUCGCAAUUUUUCUUUUUAUCAUAGAAACACUAUCAAAUGGUUAAAACUGUUAACAAUAUGCUGUGUAGUGUACUGGGCCCAAUUUAAUAAAGCUGUUAAGCAAAACAAAUGGCUAAGCACGGACAACUCUUGCUCAGCAGAAACAGGUUUCCAGCCAAAAUACCUUAAGUAUACUGACCUAUGCUCAUUUUUGCCCCGCAGAGAAACUUGCUAAGCACACUUUGCUGCUUAACAUCGUUAU